AUGAAUCCGGGCGUCUUGGAUCAGGGAUGCCGUUUGCAUGGCAAAUUCGGGUCUGAUCAAUUCCUUGAACUAGUGAUUCCGUCAACGAGCUCAUGGCCGACUCCGCUCAGAGACUCCGAUGCAUCUCAAGAGGUGAUCCGCUGGCUUUCUUCUAAGGUGCAUCACCUGGCCGGCAGGCAGUGGCGAGCUUCCUUCGCAAGGGACGCAGAGCCCAAGGUUCUUCAGACGAACGUGUUCUUUGGUCCAAGUCCGAAAAGCAUUUUGCAAAAACGAUUUUGCUAUUUUGCUGAAGAUGGAACCAACUUUGACGUCGCUCCUUCUACCGACCAUCGGCCUGUGCACGCCCUUAGAGAGCCGCGACCCAAGCUGGAGGUUGGGAAGAUGCUCGACUGGCUCUUGCAGUUGGAUCGUAACAGUGACCAACCUUACCUUAAGCUCUUCACCCGCAUCCAACUUGGUCUCAGCAAAACGACAGUAGUAGCUUCUCUGAAUCAGAGCCAGAUACGACACCGACGAGAAGAUAUCGUAUCGCCAAUCGGUGAAGUGAUGAAUGAUGGCGUUGGUCGCAUGUCACUGCUUCUUGCCCGCCAAAUCAGGGAGGUCCUUGGUUUGAGCGACGUCCCGUCUGCGAUUCAGGGUCGUCUGGGCUCUGCCAAAGGCGUGUGGAUUAUCGACGUCGAAGACAGCUUCCUUCCCAUUCUAGAAGACCGUGUCAAAGACAAGCAGGCCAUGAGGAAGUCUGUGGGAGACAGGCUCCUAGACCAGCUCAGCGACGAAAUUGAAGCUCAGAAAGAUGUAAUCAAGUAUCCGCUGCGAUUUCGGCAAUGGGUAAACGAAAACCUCGCCGCCAGGACGCAGCAUUUGGCCCACGACAGCGUGCCGUUCCUGGCUGAGCUUCCCAAGUCCAAAGAGGAUCAGCUCAACUAUUUGAUCGAUGGCGGCUUCAAACCAACCGAACAGAAAUUUAUGCAAGAUAUGAUAUGGGAGCUCCGGCGCGCAAAAUGUGAAAAUCUGCUGAAGAAGAUGAGCAUCAAGAUUCCAGGCUCGGCGUACCUGUACAUGGUAGUCGACUUCUGGGACAUUCUGGAAGAGAACGAGGUGCAAAUAUGCUUUUCAUCUCCGUUCCGAACCGAACGUUUCUCAGACUUCAUGCUGCACGGAUGCGAGGUUCUUGUCGCACGAUCUCCGGCGCACCUUGUCAGCGAUAUACAGAAGGUCAAGGCCGUCUUCAAGCCGGAAUUGCGCGCACUAAAAGACGUCGUCGUGUUUUCAGCAAAGGGAGACGUUGCGCUUGCCGACAGGCUUUCGGGCGGCGAUUACGAUGGAGACAGGGCCUGGGUGUGUUGGGAACCAGCUAUUGUGUCUCAUUUUGAGAACGCCACUAUGCCGACAAAACCAGACAUUUCGAAGCAUCUCAGGAAGGAUACAACGUCGUACGGAGACCUCAAUCAUGGAGUAAUCAAGUCUGUGGCAGUUUCGGCAAUGAUCAGUCGUGGCAUUACCUUUGACAUGCAACCCAGCUUCUUGGGAAUCGCAACCAAGUUCAAGGAACAACUCUGCUACAACAUGAACGACCUGAACAAUGAGCAGGCUCUCUUGUUGAGCGCACUUCUUGGUAGCCUGGUCGACCAGUCGAAGCAAGGAAUUGAGUUUACAGAGAGGGAUUGGCAUUCAUUUCAAGGACAGAUCUUAAACGGUUGUGCAAUCCAAAACAUGGACAAACCAGCCUACGAACAAGAGACUUGGACGGGCAGAUUUGGCCCUGUCCAUAUCAUCGAUUACCUGAAGUUUUCGAUCGCCAAACCCACUAUCGAACAAGAACUGCGCAAGCUCGGCCGAGACAUGAACCCAAGUCCUAGUCCUAGCCGCGGAUUGUCAACUCUCCCGUCAAAUGCCGAGGCGAUCCAAACAGCUGAGUAUUGGGACGCUGAUCUGGCAGAACCAAACAAUGAAUUUGAAAGGCUAGCAUUAACAACUCCGGUGCUCAAGAACGUCUUGAGGAAUUUGGAUGAGGACUUGGACGCCAUCAAAAUGAAUUGGACUACUGAGAUGGCUGCGGUCAAAGAUGAAGACGAGCGUCCAAGUCUCAUGUUGGACGUCUUCAAAUAUUGGUGCGCUAUUAAGCCUCGGGCAGAUAAGGAGCUCGAUCCUUGGUUUGUGGCAAACCUGAAGCCAUAAUACACGCCCGCGGAGUUCUCCACAUGGGCUUUGAUCCGAGCCAGUGCCUCAUUCAAGUGCUGGUAUCGGCACAAGCCGAAGCUGCUGUGGCGUAUGGCUGGCAUACAGUUACAGUUCAUCAAGUCAAUGGCUUCGCGUAGUGAAAUCCCUGUCGCCAUGGUACCGAGUAUGUGUGCGGCUCUAAAGCCUGACAGCAAAUUCAUCAGUCGGGCCGUUGCCCGAAUG